AAAAAAAAAUCUCACAAUUCUCGUUAUCAACCACUCUUUGAGCAAAAGUAUUCAAUCUCAAGCAAAGAAGACGAUGAAGCAAUUGAUCCGCCGUCUCUCACGCGUGGCUGAUUCGGCUCAAUACAGUCUCCUCCGUUCAGAUUCGCAGCGACCUAGUAACCGGCGCCGUACAGAAUCAUUCCUCCGUUCAUCGGUGGCUCGUCGGUCGAAGAAGCAGAGCUCUUCCGUUCCAGAAGGACACGUACCGGUAUACGUAGGCGAGGAGAUGGAGAGGUUCGUUGUAAGCGCGGAGCUGCUCAACCAUCCGGUUUUUAUCGGUUUACUAAACCGAUCUGCUCAGGAGUACGGGUACGAGCAAAAAGGAGGUUUGCAAAUCCCAUGCCAUGUCCUUGUCUUCGAAAGGAUCAUGGAGUCGCUUCGUCUUGGACUUCCGGUGUCGAUUGAUCUAAUCGGAGACGAGACGAUUUGAAGAAUAAGAAGAAGAAGAAGCUUUUUUUUUUUCUUAGAAGAAAUCUUGGUAGUUAGACAAAGGUUUUUUUUUUUUCUAGAUCUGGUGGUUUUUGUUCAGAUACUGAGUAAUACUUCGUCGUUUUGGAUGUAAAUAGGUAUAUAAUUUUUCUUUUUUUCUA